AUCGCGGCCUCAACUACGUGGAGUUUCCCUUUCUCGAAGCCUCAAGCACCAGGUUUCGUGGCGUGUAAAACCCGGAAUCCUAGCACCUGCAUGAGCCAGCUUUGCGGGAUUUCGUAGCGAAGGUGAAGCAGUUUCUGUCUGUCUGGAGUUCUUGGAGCCUUACGCGCAGACAAGGCAAAAUACGAACGGAACGAAAAGUGAAAGUGCCCCUGGAAACUACUCCUGCGGAUCGGAAGCGCGCCCGGUAACCCACCGCGUAAGGUGAGAGCGACAGAGAAGUCAACAUGAAACAACACGAAGUGAUAGCCUUGGGGAUAGUGCUACAGCUGGUAGCGUUCGCUGUUUGCCAACGUGUUGUUCCGGGAGUCAAUCCAAACCAUUAUCAACAGCAACAACAACAGCACCAGCAACAAUACCAACCGCCACCUCCUCAGUAUCAGCAGCAGCAGCAGCAACAGUUUCAACAGCCGCCACCUCAACAACAACAACACCACCAGCAACAGCCUCAGUAUCAACAGCAACAGCAUCAGCAGCAGCAGUUCCAGCAGCAGCAACAGCAGCAGCAACCUCAUGGGGACCAUGGACCGCAGCAGGUUCUGCAUACCGGAAACCUGCAGCAAGAGAAACAGCACAUUGCUGAACAUAUGGAUGUGCCGAUCGACACGAGCAAGAUGAGCGAACAAGAGCUACAGUUCCACUACUUCAAGAUGCACGACUCGGACAAUAACAACAAGCUGGAUGGGUGCGAGUUGAUAAAAUCGCUCAUCCAUUGGCACGAGCAAGGCAAGGCGCAAGAAAACAGUGGUCAACCGCAGCACGAAGAAAAGAUAUUUUCUAACGACGAAUUGGCCUCCUUGAUCGAUCCGAUCCUUAACUCGGACGAUCACAAUCAGGACGGCUUCAUCGACUACCCGGAGUUUGUACACGCACAGCACAAAGCGGCGCAACAGCAGCAGGAGCAGCAGCAGAACCUACCACAGCAAGCGCAACAUCCCUAAAACCCCGAAUAGUAAAGCAAACAUGUCUUGGAAUCUCGGAAACCAUACGGUACAGAACGACCUGCGGCACAAUUAACGAGCAGACUGAUAGACUGAUAAAGAACGCAGCGAGCUUUUGAAGCACCGCGAAGAAGACUAACGGCAAUUGGGGCAGCAUUCAACACGUUGAAACGGCCGUUCCUACAGGAUGAAUUUGUCUCUCGCAACGAGAGCUUAAUUCUAGAUCGCGAUGAUCGUACUUCAACACAUUCCAUCUCGAAUAUGGUACUAAAACUUCGCACAAAUCCGUCGACGGCUUGGCGAACAAACAAACAAAAAUACAGUUAAUUAGUCUCGAAACAAAUCAUCUCUGUACAAAUCUGAUGUUUUAACCAAGGUCGGGCAUAGUAAUUCCACCACCACAUUCCCCAUCACAUCGUUCACGCAUUGAUGUUCAUGGUUUCAAGUCAACCAUUCGCCUGAAAACAGUACGAGAUCGCCUUGCGUGUCGAUCAUGUGUAUGUUAUGUAUAUUCCAUGUAUAUGUCGGUGUAUUGUUUUGCUUUAGUUUUGACUGUUUUAUGAGCAAGAGAAAAAUAGAUACCAACCGGUAAUGAAGUAGUUGUCUUCUGCGUCGUACACAUGAUGUGUCUGUUGCGAGCUUGUGAUUGUGCGAAGCUGAGUGAUCGCAGGCGCAUCUACUCGUCCUCGUCAGUUGGCGCUUAUUGGUUGUAUGUCCGAAAAUUUUGCCCUGUUCGCUGUGUUCGG